CUGACAACUUGACAAGUUUAUGGUGGACUGGACCAUUCGUCGCAUUCUUCGUUUUUCCGCUGUGCGCUUACUAAAAUUUGUAUUAAUUUAGUUUCAUUUAAGAAAAUUCAGUGAGAUUUACAUUUGUUAUGAAAUAGUUUAUUUAGUCUACUAAGCUUAGUUUUACUGUUAACGAGCAAUAACAAUUGAAUAAUCAUGGAAAACGACAUCUUAGACUCACUCAAUGAUUUGGGCUACGAAGGUCCUCUCUCAGAAGAAAUUGCAUUCUCCAAAGCCCUAGACGGGGGAGCAAAAUCUCUUGAAUACACUAAACUGGUCCACAUCUUAGCUGAAGAGCUUAAGAAGCUAUGUAAACUAGAAGAGACAGUUAAUAUGAUGAAUAAUACAGAUGAAUCGAGUUCUUUCUUACUUGAAUUGAGUUCUUUUUUAAAGGAACUUGGUUGUCCAUACAAGAAAUUGGUAACAGGUCACAUGUCUUCCCGUCUACAGAGUAAAGAAGAUAAAAUUCUACUUCUAGACUAUUUAAUAUCAGAAUUGAUGGCAGCAAGGAUGAUCAGUGUGGACGGUCAGAAGGAUAAGCCUGCUUCUGGAAUGGAAAUUGUUAUGCAAGAAUCACCAACUGCUAAGGACCUUAAAGAUAUCUUAAUAACGUUGAAAUUCAACAAGCCCCCGCCAAAUAUAACGCCUGAGAUAUUAUUUUCAAAGUUAGAAGCAAAAUUGAAGGACACCAUACAAAAAGAAGGUGAUCAACUAGUCGGUAAACCAUUAUACAAUAAGUCGAUAUCAGAAAAUGAUUGGAAACAAUUAGACACAACAUUCAAAGAGAUGUAUGAAGAAUAUAGAUUGAGAAGAGAAACACUAAUAACAAGAUUGGAGUGCACUAUACAAAGUUUCGAGUGGUCUGAUCGUUUAAAAGCGAAGAGAGACAGCAUCCAGUCAACAUAUAGACCGAAGAGGGAACAUUUGAAAGUCAAACCUGAUGUCAAGUUGUCAGACUUCCUGGCAGCGAGAACAACGCUGUUACAAGUCGAGAAGACAUCCAGUGCGAGCGUCAGGAAGAACACAAUGAGUGAUGUUAACAAAGUUCUCAUAGGAAGAGUUCCUGAUAGGGGAGGACGUCCCAAUGAACAACAGCCUCCUCCACCGGAAAUGCCUUCCUGGCAACAGAGGUCCGCGGGCCCGCAGCGUGGUGGUCGUGGAGGCGGAGGUGGAGCGCCGGGGGGUGUAGGUGGCGGAGAUAGGGGACGCGGCGGUGGUCGCGGUGGCGGUCGUGGUGGCGACGGCCAGCAGCGCUGGGGAACUUCCCGAGGCGGUGGUCGAGGAGGACGUGUUCAAGGAGGAUAUAACCAAUCCGGUGAUCAGAGACCUCAAAUGAGUCCCGGAAUGAACCAGACCCAGCGGAACUACCAAACAUACGAAGUGCCCCCCGGCGGUUACAACCAAGGCUACCAGCAACAGUCUCACUACAACCAGGAUUAUAAUCAUGGUAACCAGAACCGGGGUUACAACCAGGGGCACGGCUUUAAUCAGAACUACAAUCAGGGUUAUGACAGUAGUGGGGGUUAUAAUCAAGGUUAUUCAACUCAAGCAGGAGGGGGUUACAACAAGGGCUACCACAGCAACCAACGCUACCAGAACGAUCACGAUGACCGCGAUAACCGCAGAGGCGGCUACAGAGGGAGACGCUAACAUUUACUCAUACUUUAUAACAUUCAAUUCUGUAAACACAAUUUUAUAACAUUAAAUUAACAACUAGAUAUGAACCUUCUCCUCAAAAAAGGGAGAGGAGGCCUUAGCCCAGCAGUGGGACAUUUACAGGCUGUUACUGAUGAACUCAGCGACAUAUGACAUCUUAUCAUUAUACAUUAACCUAAUAAUUGUUAGUAUUCUAAACUUUCUGUACAUUAAGUCGGUGCCGGACCGCAACUUAUUAGGUUGGAUUUAGUAGUACAGAAUGAAAACAGCGCCAUCUAGCGAUAAUAAUCGGAAUUCCAUACAAACCUCAGUUAAUGUCAACGCUAUUGAAUAGAAAAACACGCAUAACUGUAAUCUUACCCGAUAUCACCUCUUCCUUUCUUACAUUAAAUUAUUGAGUGCGACAUAAACAAUUUCUCAUAAUAAGUUAUUAUUUAUUUAUAUAAUAGAUGGACGAGCCGUAUGAUCUUAAGUACCACGCCAAUGCGCCACUAAUUUUGAGAACUCGGAUGUUAUUUCUCUUAUUAUACUGGCUCACUCACCCUUUAAACACGAUACUCAGUGUAUUGCUGCUUGGCCCUGACGCACUUGAACAAAGCCCUACUAUAAGUAAAUUGAUAUUUACUUACGAAAUGCACCUGUGAAGUUUGCUGGACAGGAAGGGUGAGGCCAGCGCCGGUACGUUUCCGGCUUUUUGUACAAGAAACCUAAUAGUAACU